UGCACACAAGCAGUAUGUUGAAAAACUUAAUACAGGUUACACAUCGUCUUCUAGUGCAUUGGCGUGUGAGUGUGUGUGGUGUCAUAAUAUUAUGAGGAAAGCAGGUGUGCUGUAGGCUGACAACGUUUUGGGUUCUCCAGGCUGGCCAGAAUAACGACAAGUGAACGUGAGGAGCCGUGGUGAAGAAGCAUUGCCAUGACCGCGGCAGUGGAUUAUUCACAUCUCAAGCUGUUGUGCAUUUUGAUGGAUCAAGGAGCAGCCGUGCUCUUUCAUGCUCUGAAAUGCGGUACAAACAAGGACGCCUCCGUCAGCCUCAUGAACCACCUGAUCAACCUCCCAGGCACUUCGACGGCCAACUACCGCACGCUCAACGGCGAGCAGAGGAAGAAGGUGUUUACUCGUACUUCCUCUGAGAGAAAUCAGAUGGCCAAUGAUCCCUCGUGCCAGAGCUUUGACAUAACACUACUGUACAAAAGCAUAAGGCUGGCCUGUGAAAAUGUUGCAGGACUCAAUGAUGCCCGCUGGCAAGAUGGUACAGUGAUGGAGGGCCUGAUCACUAAAAUAAAAGACGAGAGAAACAAAUGCGUACAUCAAAAGCCUCAGAUGAGAGAUGAACAGCAGUUCCUGGACAAAGUUGAGGAGCUCAAGAACCUCUUCAUCAGAGCCCUUCAGGCUGUCAAGGUCAAGUACAGAGUCUCUGACGGUGAGACCACAAAUACUAUUGACAACAUAACAAGGCAAAUACAAAAUAUAUGUCAAGCCUUUGAUGACAAAGUUAUCUUAGAGAUGAAUUUUGAUAAACGCCUCCAUUUGUUUAAGGAAAUGUCAGUGAGUCACCUGAGAGAUAUUUACAAACAGUUUGAAUAUUUUGACCCACUCUCCUUCCUCAGUGGAUCCCAAGAACGGGUCCACAUCCAGACUGUAUUUUCAAAACUUGUCCUUAAACAGCAACCCACAUCACUUGAAUUAGACUCGUUAGAACUUUUAAAAGUUCUAACAGAAGAGUCGCAGCCCUCGCAGCCUGUCCAGGAUCAAAAGUCACACUUUGCUUUGGUGAGCGGUAUUGCUGGUAGUGGUAAAACCACCCUGCUCACUUUCAUCCUGUCAGAGUGGCUCAAAGAAGACUGUGACCGCCGCGUCACUCACCUGGAGGAGUACGACAUUGUACUCAGAAUACUGUGCCGGGACACAGAUGCCGAAGAUCUGGAGACAUUCCUGGGCCUGGUCCUCCCGUCUAGCCUGUCUAGUCUGCCAGUGUUUAACAAAUCUCUCGUAAGCUAUUUUAAGUACUGUAAAAUGCUCUUCCUCAUCGAUGGUCUGGAUGAGCUUAACAGCACAUCUGAAAAUCUCAUCACUAAUAUUCUGAAUAUAACUAAAUAUAACAAAAGUUUUUCUAUUCUUGCCACUUCACGACCAGAGCGAGUGGAUCAGUUCUUGGCCUGCACACGACAGGACUAUAAGCAAUCGCAGAUAUCUAUCGAGGGAAUUCCUGUCCAAAGGAGGAUGGAAUUUGCAAUCCAGUACUCCACCUCCAUAAACCAGGAUAGGUUGAGGGAGUUCAUAAGAAAACAAGGCGAUAUGACCUUGUUUGAGCUUCCUCUUAACCUACUAUUUCUAGUUACAUUAUUUGAAGACAAUCCUGAUUGCAUUAAAGAAAACAUUACGCAGUCCAGCUUGUACACCCACAUCCACAUAUGGUGCAUAGAAAAGCUGCGCAACAGAAUAUUUGUAAACCCCACAUGGGGGAAGAAGAGGCCACAGACCCUCAAGACGAGGAUAAAAAGAGUGGCGAAAGUGAUGUACCAAAUGGCGUUACAAGGUCUGUUGCAGAACAGACUGAAUCUCUCAGAGGAGGAAACCGAGCGGCUGACGGAUUGCUGCGAGAGAGAGGACCUGCCUGCUCAACAAGUCCUGGGAGCCUUCUUCACUCUGCAGGUGUCUAUCAUCAACAGAGUACGCCAAGAAAACUACGCCAUGCCCCACAAAGGGCUGUUGGAGCACUUUGCUGCUCGACAUAUCAUAGAGCACCUUCAGAAUAGGUCCCUUCAAGAACCAGGAGCCAUUAGGAGCCUCCUUCAGGGUGCCGUUCAGCCACAGACACAUCCUUUAAAUCUUCGGGGUUUGCGUAACCUUUUCUGGCACGUGGCGGGCCUGUUGGCCACACCAGACUUUCCAAAACGUCCCGGGACCAUAAAGGAAGUAAUGGACAUGCUGGCGGAGACCGGCGUAAACUGGGAAGACUGGUUGUCACUAGUGGAAGACACGGAUUAUAAUGAAAGCUUCCUGCAGGCCAUCGCUCGUCAUCUCACAGAAAACCCUCCUGUUGGCAAAGUAAAGAUAAGAGACAAUACGUUGGCCAGCGCUGCUGCACUACUCCCCCAUAUUCCCACAACAAAAGUGGUCUUAGACCUGGAGAACAAAAACGUGAAUGUGGAGAAUGUUCGUGCCUUGAUUGAUCAUCAAUGCAGUUUGUUGAGGUUGUGUCACCAUUACAUGCACCCCGGCAACCUACCUGCCUCAGACAUCGUGCUGCACGCCUUAAACAGGACUAGCCUUAAGCAUUUCAUGGGUCACCUGAGUGCUGAUUGGGUGGCGCUGCUUUCUGAAUCCCUUGAGGUGCUGCACCUGACCGUAUCUAGCGAUGAGCAUGCUGCCAGCCUUCUAACAGCCCUCACCCGAGCCACCUCAUCUCUGCCUUACCUGCAUUGGCUUUGCAUACACGUCCCCAUGACGAUGGUAACAUCAACGGCGGUUCCUUCACCACUUCCUGACAUCAGCAGUGUUUCCCUGGUCUUGUCUGGCGUGGAACAAAGCCUGAUGGAGGAAGCGUGUCAAGUGGCGGUGGCACUCCAGCCUACGAGGGGAUAUAACUCCAUUAUGUUUCCCCGGGGCAGGAUGAAGGCAGCAGAGUGGCGGCGCCUGAUUCACCUGCUGGCGGCGGCACAGAUUACGGUGACAGGGAGACUGCUAACAGGUGUUUGGAUACCAGACGAAACCAUCACGGAGGAGGAGAGGAGGGAGCUAGGGCACCUCACUGACACUUUGUUGGGGUGUGAUGUGUGGAGGGCCCCUGACAUGAUGUGUUUCCUGGCAUAUAUACCUGAUAUGUUUGAUGCUGUUGUCUAGUGCUUCUGCUGCUGCUGCUGCUGAUGAUGAUGAUCAUCAUCAUCAUCAUCAUCAUCAUCAUCAUCAUCAUCAUCAUGAGGAGAAGGAGGAGGAGGAGGAGGAGAAGGAGGAGUAGGAGGAGGAAUAAAACAAUGUUAGUUAGUAUGAGCAGUAAUAUGUGUUAGUAUUAUUAUUGUUAUUAUUAGUAAUACUGCAUUAGUAAGUAAUGGUAACAACUUAUUAUUUUUAUUAUUAGUAAUACUGUUAGUAAGUAGUGGUACCAACUCAUUGUUGCCAUUAUUAUUAAUACUGUGUUAGUAAGUAGUGGUAACAACUCAUUAUUGUCAUUAUUACUACUACUACCACUACUGUUAUAAUUAUCAUAAUUAUUUCUCAUACAUUUAAAUACUCUUGACAUUUUAUCAUUGAUUUAUCAUUGAUAGGCUGCAAUUAUUUUUUUCUUUAGUACUUUUCAAAUGUGUUCCUUCAGGCUAUAACAAAAAAACGCCUUGCUAAUAUUUGGGCCUAAAUUAAAACUUUUAUUUGAAGACUUUUAAGGUAACAUAUAAUUCAAAUUU